AUCCUGGCAAAUAGAAUAUGUAUUGGCUUCUCCUAUCACCAACUUCUUGUUAGGGUUUUCAAAGUUUCAGCCUUUGAAUCGUUACACUAUCCAUAGGCAGCAGGGCGUGCAUUGAAUCAAAACGUGAUGCAGCAGAACGUUCGUCUCGGGCACUGACUCAACCAAAAGAAAUCAAUAUUUUGCGAUACGGUUUUCCGGAAAGAAUUUUUGAAAUGGAAGACAAAGGAAUUAAGCAGGAGUCAAAUGCUUCAGCAGCAGGGAUUCAUGAGUUACCUGGAGAACCUGCUAUUGUAAUUAAUGGGGUGCCUGACAUAAUCCCCAGUGACUGCACUGUUGCUCCCCAUAAUGCUUCAUGCAAAGUUGAAACACAUGUGCCUUCAGGUUUGGGUGAAUGGUUUGAGGGGAGGGAAGUCCGGAAGUGGUUUAUGGGAAGAUAUUACUCAGGUAUAGUAACUGAGUUCGACAAAGAUUCCGGGUGGUACAGGGUUCACUAUGAAGAUGGUGACUCAGAAGAUCUUGAUUGGCAUGAGUUGGAAGAGGUGCUUCUUCCUUUGGAUGUUACAAUUUCACUUAAGGCAUUGACUCAGAAGAUUGUCAGGAAUGGCAAGAAAUCUGUUAAAAGUGCGGCUGAUUCACAAAAUCCACAGGUCAAAAGAAGGGCAACAAAAGGAAAGUAGACCAUAGUUCCAUAGCAAGAGGCCUUAGGUGAACAUUUAGUGAUUGUAGAUAUCAUUUACAUAGCAUGUAAACCAGCACUGGCACUCUGAGAAAAUGCUCAGAUGAGAGAGCUAAUAGGAAAUUGAUGCUGAUGACAAUUAAAAGUUUUGUUAUAGCAUUGGGGAUUGUCUGUUUUGUAGUUAGGGAAUUGGUUGCUUGGAAAAUUCCAAAGUUUGUUAUAAUAGUUGUUCCAGCCACAAGAUUUGGCUCGUCACCGCAGCACUCAAAAUGUUUUUCUCACUCUAUUAAUGUUUCUCGAGUUGUAAACCUCUCUCUUCUUUCUUGGUCAUAGCAUUAUAUACUAGUGGGUGAUAUCUUUCGAUCUUAUUAAUUUGGAUCUUUGGGUCUGUCUUUAUUUUUUAGUCCAAUUAUCUUAUAUCUUUUAUAACUG